GCGGGGCUAGGGCUGUCCCCAGUCCCGCGCACCGCCUCCCUCGGGGUCUCCGCCUCCGGGACCUGCGGCCGGGCGAGCUUCAGAGCGCGGCUUCCCCGCGGGCGGCGUGAUGGGUUGCGGGAACUCCACUGCCACCAGCGCGGGCGCGGGCCGAGGUCCAACAGGAGCAGUUAAAGAUGCAACAGAAGACUCCAUAACAGACGAUGACAAGAGGAGAAACUAUGGAGGAGUGUAUGUUGGCCUGCCCUCUGAAGCUGUCAGUAUGGUGUCUAGUCAAGCAAAGACAGUACAGAAAAAUUAGAGGAAGACAAAGCGGUGAUGGCUGGAUACCCGAGAG